ACCAAACACCAAGGGCUACGAGAGUGUACGAAAAAACCCCAAAAAUGCAAUUCCAAUACUAUGUAUUAAUAGCUUUACUAUUAUCAAGACACAAUGGUCUGUGUGAGGAGGAGGAGGAAUCGUCUACUACACGGAAAUACCGGAUAACUGAUACGGUUAGCACGUGCAGUGACCGUUUAUCCAAAUUCAUUGCAGCGCUGUGCGGUAAAGUAAUCAAAAUCGUCAAAAGAGAUGCUACAUCGCUAAUGAUAGAUAAGCUAGCACCAAAAGACCUGCAUAUAAACGGGGAGCCACAGAAGUGGGGCUCAAAGAGGUUGGUGCGCAUGCGCCGGCAGGUGGCGUCGGAGUGCUGUAAUCAGGCGUGCACUGUCGGCAACCUCAUCAUGUACUGCUCCGACGAAGCCAAGCUCGUGCAGGAAGACCCUGACAUAUUCACAUAG